AUGCUUCCUGGAGGUGCCGACAGCUGCGCUCCAGCUGUGGUGCCAGACACACUAGCCAGCCGACCAAAGCUACCUAGGCUUCGCACCUUGAAGACCUUCAACCUGCCUCAACAGCAGAUUGACGAGGUCCUACUUUCGGCAUCGACUCUUCUGCCUACACCGACAAUCCUGAUUGCGCCUUCCGGCUUCAAGGAAAGUCUUGGGCCAGAACACGUAGCGGAUGCAAUCGAAGCCGGCUGCCGAAAGGUUCUAGACGAGAAAUCAGUAGUAAUCCGAAAACUUCCACUGCACGAUGGCGGGGAAGGCUUUGCUCGGGCUUUGGUGGCGGCUCACGGCGGCAAAAUCGUAGAUGCGACCGUGACAGGUCCCAUUGGCGAGCCUGUGCAGUCACAUCUGGGGUUUGUCCAUGAAGAUAACAAGACAGCUGUUCUGGACAUGGCUGCAGCUGCUGGGCUUCGUCUUGUUCCAAAGGAAUCACGCGACCCAACGGUGACCACCACAUAUGGUGUCGGAGAGCUGAUCAGGAUAGCGUUAGAUAGCGGAUGCACCAAGAUCAUCAUAGGCUGCGGAGAUUCAGGGACUUCUGAUGGCGGCGCGGGUAUGCUUCAGGCACUCGGCGUUCGUCUUCUUGAUGCCGAAGGCGCAGAACUUUCCAAGGCAGGCGGAGGUCAGGGACUGUCACGCCUGGCAAAGAUCUGCUGGUGCAGUGUUCAUCCUCGACUGCGCAAAGAUGCUGCCAACAAAGUUCAAAUUGAAGCCGUGUGCAAUGUCAAGAACGUUCUUUGCGGCCCUAGGGGAGUUGCACGAGUGUACGGCCCUCAGAAAGGUGCUACUCCGGACCAAGUGGACUUGCUCGCGGAUGCGUUGGACCGAUUCGCCCAGGUUGCGCAGGAUACACUAAGGAGAGACAUUUCGAACGCCCCUGGUAGCGGCGCGAGCGGAGGUCUUGGUGCGGGCUUGAUGAUGCUUGGCGCCAGGCUGCGGGCUCGGAGCGAUGCCAUCAAUGAGUACUUCGAGUUUGACCGAGUCUUUGAAAAGCAGUGGGAUUUUGUCAUCACUGCCGAGGGAAGUCUCGACUCACAGUCGACCCAAGGCAAAAUGACGACAGAGGUUGCUCGCCGAGCAAAGCGACGCGGAGCGCAGGUGGUUGCGCUAGCUGGAACCAUCGGAGAAGGAGCGGAUGGAUGCUAUGGGGCAGGUAUCAAAGCCUUCACAAGCAUCAUGAGAGGACCGCUCACGCUAGAGGAAGCAAUUGUACAGACCGAGGGCCUUGUGAAGGAUGGUGCCGAGAAAGUCGUAAGGAUGAUCAUGGUCGGAUUGGCUCUUGCUUUUCUUCGGCCGGCUAAUUUGGCGGAAACAUCCAAGCGACGCUGA